AUGAAGUUUCUGGUUGCCAUUGUUGCUGGCCUGUUCGCUACUUCAGCUGUAUCUGCAGGUGCUCAAAAUGACAACGAGAUUCAACUCAGUCGGCGCAACAUGUUUAUCAAAGCUAACAACGAGCUGGACAUCAAGGCUCUUUCGCGUCACUUCAACAGCAUGAACCAUAAGUAUAAGAGUAUGAUGCGCAACUACCACAAAAACACUGGUAAGGAGCAUCCCCUCCUGCGAUUCAUUUCGGACCUUCUGGACCUUGAUAAGGACAAGCGUGGCACGACUAACCUGCCGCUGAAGGAUGUUAUGCAGGAGCAACUCUGGGCCGGUCAGGUUUCUUUUGGCGGACAAUCAUUUUUGAUCGACUUUGACACGGGCUCGGCAGAUAUGAUUGUUAACCCUGGUGCUUAUGACCCGCAGAAGUCGCAGUCGGCCAAGUCGUCUGGCCAAAACUUCCGGACUGCGUAUGGCGAUGGCACGACCGCGCAGGGUACAGUUUUUACGGAUGACUUCAAGAUUGGUUCCCUUUCGGCCAAGAAUGUGGCGGUGGGUCACUCGAAGACCACAUUUAUUGAAAACGAAGGUGGCAACGAGGGUAUCGCUGGUAUGAGCUUCUCUAGCCUUUCAGCCUUCCCUGGCGACUUCAAGCCUUUCUUCUACAAGCUGAUGGAACAGAAGCAGGUGCCGCACGGUGUCUUCCAGUUCACUCUUAAGAAAGGCGAGGGCUCUACGCUGACGCUGGGUGCGGUUGACACGUCCAAGUACAGCGGUAGUCCCGUGUGGUCAGGCGUGGAUGCCGACCAGGGCUUCUGGGCUACCCAGGCAAGCGUGAAUGGCGUUAAGAUCAACGCGAUUGUGGAUUCAGGCUCAACUAUUAUUACCGGUCCGAUCGACCAGGUGCGCCAGGUUUUCUCGAAGAUUGGCGGGCUGCAAACCUUUACGGAGCAGGGCCAGCUCUUUGCUACGUACGACUGCAACACUACGCCUGGAAUUACUAUGAACUUUGGCGGCAAAGACUUCAAGUUCUCUAAGGAUCAAACUGGCUAUGGCCAGCAGGGUGGCCGUUGUGUGCUGUCGAUCUGUGGUCAGGAGCAACUGCCGAUGAACGCAUGGAUCGUUGGUGACUCGUUCUUCUUGGGCACCUCGGUGAUCUUUGACAUGGAGAACAGCCGCCUUGGUUUUGCUCCCCAGAAGUAA